AUGAUAAAAAUAUCGACCAUUGUUUUGAGCAUAUGUUUGAUGAAUAUUUGUUCAGGCAGUUUAUUACUAAUUGACCGGAAAAAUCCAUGUCGUGCAUACGGAAAUGGUUCUGUUUAUGAUAUCACUAAUUUGGUUCCACAGUGGCCAGUCACUCUAAAAGGUCCUGGCUAUGGUGGUGAAUAUUAUUACUGGUGGAGUUGUGCAGGUAAUACACGUUAUUGUGAAGAUGCGGAUACUGCAGUGUGCCAACAACGAACCGAUGGUCCUUCAAUACAAUACAAUGCGGGAAAUAUCUCUCCACAGUUAUGGUUCGGUGUAUUCAAUGGCGCUGCAACUCAGGUUAAUCUAUCGUGGGAUAUAAUCUAUCCUAAUCGUCAAUCGGAUCCAUCACUGAUCGAUGGUAGUGGCAUUCGUGUUACUGUCGUACAUUUCAUUGUCGAUCCGAACGUAGAAAAGCUUUCAUUAACAAUGAAUGGCGAAAAUAAAUAUACUGAAUAUUCAAUAACUGUUCGUGGCAAAUGCAUCGGACAACCAGCGAUCAAUCGAACAAGCUUUGUUCAAGGAUACGGCGAUCCACAAACUGGACAAGUCGUGCCCGGUCCAUUUAUGAAUGAGAUACAAUCAUAUUUUUCGUGA